AUGAACAGCCUCUCGUCGACUUCGUCCGAGGACGCCAUUCUGGCCGGGCUCCUGGACUACUGCGUCGACCACGGAAUUCAAAUCUCUCCCAACAUUUCAGUCCGGCGCGUGCCUGGCAAAGGUUUGGGCGUGUACACGAGCAAGCCGUUGCGGCGCGGCGAACGAGUCAUGCACGUCCCGACGGCCGCGCUGUUCACGACGGCGUCGGUGCCGCCGAGCUUCGUGGGCAAGGAAGCACGCAAGACCAUCCCCGUCCACGCCCUGCUGGCUGCGUACUUGGCGUUUGGCAUGUCCGAGGCCAAACGUGAGGAGCAUGCGCGGUGGAUGGCAACGUGGCCGAGACUGACGGAUUUCACGAGCACCAUGCCGCUGUUCUGGCCGGCGAGGCUGAAGGCGCCGCUUGCGCAGCACAAUGGCAGCAGGAACACCGCCAGUGCUGAGCAAGGAGAGAAAGUGGCCCCAUUUCCAUUUCUCCCGCUGCCGCCUUCACUGACUGGAUCGUGGCUACCUUCUUCCGGAGAGGAGUCUCGUCAGACGACCUCCAAGGUGCUCGAUGUUCAAGAGUCCAAACUCGAGUCGCAUCUACAGAUCAUCGCCCAGGCCUUUCCUUCUCGCGCAUCAGCUCUGCUUUCGCCGGGCGACCCAUUGCACUGGAAGUUCAUCCACAUGUGGUGUGUCGUGUCCAGUCGAUGUUUCUACUACCUCCGACCGGGCCAGCAGCCGCCCAAGGACAGCAACGAAGCCAUGGCCUUGUGUCCGGCAAUGGACCUGUUUAACCACUCCGACGCGGCGAGGUGUCACACGACCUAUGACAGGAAGGGAUAUUAUGUGACAACAGACCAAGAGUACAGUGUGGGCAAGGAAGUUUUGCUUGGCUACGGCGCCCACAGCAACGAUGUGCUGUGGAACGAGUACGGCUUUAUCAUGGACAGCAACGCCAGCGACGGCGUCCAGUUGGACGAAGUUGUGCUGGCGUCCUUGACCGAUGUGCAGAAGAAGGCACUCCAGGACGCCGGAUAUCUGGGCGACUACUGGCUCAAGCCCGAUGGGUUGUGCUGGAGAUCGGAGGCCGUGGCCUGGUUGGACAUCUUGACCCCCAGCCAGUGGCAUCGAUUCCUGGAGGGUAAAUACGAUCCCGCCGUGGCAGACAGACAGUUCGCGGCCCAAGGCGAUGAAACCAAAGUCAACGGCGCUAAUAACAAUAGGAAGCGGAAAAGAAAGUCGAAUGAAACAUCCGGUGCUGCCAAAGCGACUUCCGCGCCGAAACAAGCUCCAAGCGAACGGGCAAAAAGGAGGCAGCUGGCUUGGCUCGCAUCAAUUGCCGGCGUGGCGGAACAUAGUCUGAGAGGACUCACUUCGACGGCCAUGCGGCCCGUUGAACACAAUGGAAAGGGCGACGACUCGGAUGAGGAGCUGCUGGAGUGGUUCGGGGACGCAGACACCGUUCUUGAGUCACAGGGGCUUCGGGGUUCAGAAGUACCGGAGACGAAGUCAUCUCAAGCCAGGUUGAGGCACAGGAUGUGCGCGCAAAGAUGGAGGCAAAUCUUGAAGCUGUGCACCAAAGCCAUGGGCACGAUUUAA